GACAAAAUAGCAAGGUUUUUUUAGAAAUCUAACCUGGUUUGAUUUUUGGACCAAAAUGACAACAAAAAUGAAACCAAAUGGACACAGAUGUAAAAGGUUUCAAAUUUGGACUAAAGUGGCAAAAGUGACCAAACCUCAUGGACCAAAAUGUCAGUUUACUCAAAAUAAAAAAAAUUACUCUUCUUAUAUAUAAAUAUAAUACGCCACUUCUACUGUUUUAAACCAUAAUCUCUCAACCCACAUAUCAGUUCUUCAAUUACAUGUCAAAACACCCUCUCAUAAAACAAUUCGAAAUGCCGGUUAUUCCAUGGAGCAUAGAAGAGAACAUUGCGUUAUGCGAAUCGUGCGUCGUGGCGCUGACCAACCACGAGGCUCUGUUACCCACAUCUUCGUUUUGGGAUCGAGUUAACCAUGAAUUUUGUAUCCGUAUGGGUGAGGCCAUCCGAAGAGUGGACGCACUUUGUUCACGUUUUCGGAUGAUUCAUAUGGAUAGUGCGAGAUUUGCGGCGAUUGUCAACGGUGUGGACAACGACAAUGGUGAGCUAAACGAAGGCGACAUCAUCCAAGUCGCUUGUGUCGAGUACCAUAACAGGUUUCGAGUCGCACUGCUGGUGACCCCGCCAUGGAACUGCAAGCAGAUUCACGGGAAGGGAUGGUGAACAAGAUAUUGGAUACCUUGAAGAGAAAUCUUCCGUUCACUAGACAUGAGGACCUACAAGAACUAAAGAAUAUAGCUAAGUGGAUUGAAGAGGAGAGCUAUGUUGCGGCCACAAGCCAAUCUGAAUAUUCACGGAAGAUAUGCCUCAUGACGCUGAAUAUGGAGACUAGAUUACAAUCAGACUAUGAUGCUUUAUAUAAAAGAGUACACCCCUCAUUACCAUCAGACUCGACAGCAAGUGGCGGAGAUUGGCAAGAGGAAGUGUAUCAAAAGAUAAAAGCUAUGAAGGAACUGUAUCUACUAGAUUUGAGUGACCUGCACCAAAGAGUUGUUUCCAAAUUGCAACCGCGCGAUUCUCUUUCUCAGCAACUAGAAAACGAGCAACUUGAGAAGCUGAAAGUGUUUAAAAAUACGUUGGAGCAUUACAUGCAAUUCUUACAAACUCCUAAGCAUGGAAUAUUACCUAAUUUUAAAGACAAGUUAGGAACUUAUGAGAAGUGGAUUAGUACCAUCAUCAAUUUAAAUAAGCGGAAACCAGGGUCCGCUCAGCAGCAAUCACAAGCUUGACCCGGGUCACAAGAGCUGUAUAAUAAACUUCUUAUAGCAGCAGGUCUCUAUACGUUCGCCCCAACAAUGAACUUUCAUAUUGUAUGGUUGUUUCAAAUGCUUCUUAAUCUUGUUAUCUUUGUUUUAAGUUGUGCCACUCUGGCAACAAGUAUAGAUUCCUUGCUUUUACAUUGUGUGUAUCUGAACUAAAACUUAUUCAUACGUUA